UGUAGUAGGUCUAGUGAAAAAUAGUGAUGGAAGCCAUGUUGAAAUUGUCUAGUUUUUGCGGUCAAGAGAUAGAAGAUAAGGGAGGUGCUUCCAUUCGCUCACAAGAGGACUUUUGUAGUGGAAAGGGUAGUAAGGAAGAUAAACUUAAUUAUGCUAAAGCUGAGAUGGGUAAGAUGAAAGAAGAGAAUGAAAGAUUGAAGAUGAUGCUAGAAAAAGUUGAAAAGGAAUACCACUCUCUUCAACUUCGUUUUUUUGACAUCCUUCAAAGAGAAGCUUCCAAGAAAGGUGGGGAAGAUUCAGCUGCUCCCCUUGAUGAAGAGGAGGAACCUAAACUUGUGUCACUUUGUCUUGGAAGAAGUCCAAGAGAGCCUAAAAAGGAUGAAAUAACUGAUAAGUAUAGCAAACAAAAAGAAAAUGAAGAUUUGCAAGCCAACCUUACCCUUAGUUUAGACUUCAAAAGUGCGUCUUCAAAGGAACAGUUAUCUGAUAUGAUCCCCAUGAACACUUCAGAAGGACUAAAGGAAGAAGAUUCAACAAAUAAAUUAAUAAGGACCAAAGAUGGAGGUGAUGAAAUUUCAGAACUAACACCCCCCACCAAGAAGGCUAGAGUUUGUGUGAAAGCUCGAUGUGAUACUCCCACGAUGCAUGAUGGAUGCCAGUGGAGGAAAUAUGGACGAAAGAUAGCAAAAGGAAAUCCAUGUCCAAGAGCAUACUAUCGUUGCACACUUGCUCCAGCAUGCCCGGUUAGGAAACAUGUGCAAAGAUGUGCUGAGGACAUGUCCAUCUUAACCACCACAUAUGAAGGAACUCACAACCACUCACUUCCAGCUUCAGCCACAGCUAUGGCUUCCACCACUUCUGCUGCUGUUUCCAUGUUGUUGUCAGGUUGUUCAAUAUCCCAACAUACAGAUCACAAUUUUGCAUCUCAUGCAAAUUCUCCUACACUGUUCAGUGGUUUAAAUUUGGGCCUUUUAGACCAACGUCCAAGAGCAAACCAAGCCUUGUUACGAACCCCUUCCUCACAUUUUCUCCCAACAAUCACUCUAGACAUGACUUCUGCUCCAUCCUCAUCAACUCAUGUCCAUUGCCUACCUUCAAGCUUUGCUUCAACCCCAAGAAUCCCAUCAUUAAGUCCAAACUUUUGCUCCUCAGAAUCCAACAUUCCACUAUCGUUUUGGCGCAAGGGACUUUCUAAAAGUGGCACUACUGUUCCUAUUGGCAAAACUUACAUCAAUCCAUUCAAUAUGGGAAAUCAAUUUCAAGAACAUUUCUACCAACAAUGCUUUAAGAACCAAGAGCCUUUGGCAGAAAUACUAACCAAAGCAAUAAGCACAGACACAAGUCUUUGUUCUGUUAUAGCCGCUGCAAUUUCAUCUAUAAGUGGACAAGGAUCAAGUAGUGAGAACAUGGGUGAUGGAAAAUUUUUUGGUUCAGGAUUGAGCCUGAAACUAGGGGUGCAUUCUCAACUUGCUUCAUCCAAUUCCUUGAACCAGAAUGGGAAAUGAUGCUUAGCAGGCUACUUCAACAAAUCAUCACCAUCAUCUUCAAGUUCUCAGGGUGGAAACUUCACGCUUCUCCAACCUCAAUGGCCAUUUUCUCUUCCCAAGACUAGCACUCCUCCUUCCAAUGUUGAUCACAUCAACCACUGGAUCUCAGAAAUCAAUUAUCAUCAUUAGUGUCUCUCCUGUUCUUCAUUUAGGAAUCAAUGUUCAUGAGCAAUUCAUAUAAACUGAAAUAGGCUAGCUGUACAGUCCAAACUACAUUUCUAUCAUUUCAUAGGAUGUCAAAAUAGAAUAUGAAGCAUAAGAUGUAAGUUAGGACAAAAAGAAUACCCAGAAAUCAAUCAUGUCACUCUUGAUAUGGUUACCACAAUCUUGUCAAUUGUCAUUCCAUUUCGAUUUUGUAAGAUGUAACACUCCAACACAGCUUCAAAAAGGACAAUUAGUUGAUGGUAAAAGUGUGUAAAAGUUCAUUUUCUUCAUAUUUUGGUUUGCUCAAAGAACAAUGAAGCAAUGCAUGGAAG